AUGGCACCCAUAAAGAAGCGCACAACCGCGCGCGCAAAGUCGGCUCGCGCAGCCCGUCCCUCGACUGCGGCUCUUCCAAAGCCUGAUGGCAUUUCCUCGCUCCCCUCUUCCAAGCGUGAUAAGCAGAAGAUCAAGCACUCUUCCUUCGUCUCCAAGAUAGAAAAAUCAUCUGCCAAGACUCAAAAGCGAAGGCGACCCAACAACAAGCUAGUCGCAAACCUCGAGUCGCUCGCCGACGCGCUCCCAGAUGCUGCAACAGCCGGCGAGCUCGAAACGAGUCAGGCGCGCAUACUUCAGCCCAAGGUCAAGCUGGAGAGCAUGAAAAGGACAAAGGGCGCGAAGAAGAGGAAGGAAAAGCUGGACAAACUAGAGAAGGAGAGAUUCAACGCGAACCUGGCACAGCUAGUGCGUGGCACUGGCAACGCGACACCGGGCGCUGAUGCAGUACAAGAUCGCUGGGCAGCACUCAAGAGCCAUGUGCAGAGUAACAUGGAAACCAAGCCCGAGUUCACGCAACAACCAAGCCAGACCGUAUAA